CCUGCAUCGUGAUCUGCCUCAGACCUGCCCAAAAAAGUCAAGACAACAAACAUUUAUGGAGCACUAAGUGUGUGCUAAACUUUUUUAUGAUGAUAUUACUUCAUGACUACCUUGCAAGUCUUUUGCUGAGUAAGGAAAACUCACCAAGUAGCCUAAAUUAGACCCUUUAAAAUACCCCCACUAUGCCUAAAAUUUAAUGUACUACCUUUGUGUUUAAACUAGUCACAGAGCCUUUACUGCCUUUCACACCCAAUCUCUUAAGUAUAUUUGCUUUAGCAAAACAAAUAAUGGAAGUGAAUUGGAGGCAUUCUUUGCCAACCCAGUGCCUACCACCAUGUGCAUUUUCCCCCAUCACCUCCCAGCCAGCUGGUAUACCUCUUUCCCUGAUACGAUCCUUACCAGCCUUAUUCCACUUGCAGCAGGGCCGCUAAGUCAUAGAAACCACAAGUUCUUACCAAAGCCCAUGAGCCACCCAGAGAGCCAAGAUGAUGAUGAAAAGCAGGAGCUCUCGGGGUCUACCCUCCAGAAUGCCCGACAAUACUGCAUUUAAACAGCAGCAGUUGCCAGCGUGGAGACCGUACCUCACACCCCGGACAGUGCUCUCUGGCUUCUUUACUACUGGAGUAUUCUUCCUUGGCAUGGGCAUCCUUCUCAUAUUAUCUGCAAAGAGCAUCAAAGAAAUUGAGAUUACAUAUACAGACAUAUGCUCAAAUUGUUCAAAACUGAGGGAAAAUGCCUCUAAUUUCUACAAAGAGUGUACCUGUUCAAUUCAUUUCAUCAUUCCAGAGAAAAUGCCAGGCAAUGUUUACAUGUACUAUAAACUGCACAACUUCUAUCAGAAUUAUCACCCAUAUAUUAUUUCCAGAAAUAAUCGCCAGCUUUUGGGAGAAGAUAUUACGGAUGUUGAGAACUGUGCUCCAUUCCAGAGGACUUCCAAUGGUAUACCCAUUGUUCCGUGUGGUGCCAUUGCCAACAGUAUGUUUAAUGACACUAUUCUUCUGUCAUACUACCCUAACUCCUCCACAAGAAUCAACGUCCCCCUGCUCAGCAGUGAUAUUACAUGGUGGACAGAUAAGCAUGUAAAGUUUCAGAAUCCCAAGUCCAGUAACCUUUCCAGCGCAUUUGCAGGCACUGCCAAACCUCCCAACUGGAGGAAACCUAUCUAUGAGUUGGACCAAGAGAACCCAGAAAACAACGGCUUCCUCAACAGUGACUUCAUUGUCUGGAUGCGGGCAGCCGCCCUUCCCACUUUCAAAAAGUUAUACCGGCGUAUCCACUGCAUCCAGCAGUUUGCUGAUGGGCUCCCGGCUGGGAAUUACAGCUUUGACAUAGCCUACAACUUCCCUGUCACCGUAUUCAAAGGAGAAAAGGGAAUUGUCCUUUCUACAGUGACAUGGAGUGGAGGGAAGAACUUCUUUCUAGGUAUUGCCUAUACAGUCACAGGAGCAGUGACAUGGCUUGCUGCUUUUUCCAUGAUGGCAGUCCAUUUAAAACUGAAAAAAAAGAAGGAAUCCCUCCACCAUUAAAACUGGCCAAAGGCAAAGCAAAAGUGAAAAGCAACAAGUGGGAGCAUAUGUUCAAACCUUCCAACACCUGGGUCAAAACCCCUGAAAAGGAUGGCAGUGACAGUUGUUCUAACCAGAGUGAAUUGAAUUUAGUGACCAAGAUCUACCCUACACACAGGGUGCCCAAUUGAAAUAGAACCAUAUGAAAUACAUAAUAAUUGUCUAUGUAUUUUCUAAUUUGGGAAUAUAAAUUAAUCUUAUAGAAUAUGCCAUAAUUUCAUUGAAAAAUUGUGAAUAAGCAAGAAUAAAUAUAACAAAGAUAUAAACAAAUCUUAUGAAUAAAGUACAUUUUAACACUGCUUUUGUUUACUCAAUAUAUAAUUCCUGUGAUUUCACUAGAA